AUGUCUCCCACCACCGAGCCUACGACAAACUCCUCACCAUUCUACAUCCCUAUCAAUGUCUCCAAAACAGCACUUCUACUAUCCGACGUUCAGACACAAAUCCUAGCGCGCUUUCCUAAAGAAACACAAGAUGCGUAUCUAGCAAACGUUCAAAGGCUGUUAGAUUUCUUCCGCGGCGAGAUAACAGCAGCCAGAGGCCGUAGUUCUGCAGAUGGGAGUGAGCUUUUCGACGGCAUUCCAUUGAUCAUCCACCACACGCUUCCUUUUGGAGUGAACGGGAAUGCGUUUGUGAGUCCCUCGAAGAAAAGGGAUUAUUUACCAUACGUUGACCACUCCCAUAUCUCCACUGCCAAUGCUCUUUACAGGAUUUCCAUACCUGCCUCUCCCUAUAUUUGUAUAUCACUAACCCUCGUGCAGUCCACAACCUCCAACCCACACAGCCCCAACUAUGCCAUUCCUACCUCCCUAACCCCACCAGGGGGCUGGGGCACCAAGGAGGAGAUCGUGCUGGGAAAGCUGCAACCAAAUUGUUUCGCAUCGUCUGAUCUGCUAAAAUACCUGCACGCGCGAGGGAUCCGGCACAUCGUCCUGAUUGGGCUGACAACCAUGGGCAAUCUCGAUUUCCAUAUCAUCUGUCCGCGUGAAGUCAUCAUUGAUGACGACCCUGAAGUCGACGAACUCUUGAUGACGCGCGUGUUGCCGAAGUUUGUUGAUGUAUGUGGUGUGGGGGAUGUUCUUGCUCUAUCCCUCUCAACGCCUUCCCGUCAAAAGUGA